GAAAAAGGACACUGUCGUGUCGUUGUCACAAUCAAAGCCCUUACCCCAUCGCAAGUGCCCCGCGUACGUUUGCGCGCACUACUCACUUUGCAAAGCUGUGGGAGGAAUAGUGGAGACGCUUCUCUUGUAUUGGACAUCAUCACAGUGUUUCUACUUGACACACACACCUUUUUGGUAGAUUUUGGGUAAUUUUCAUCUUUUUUCUUGCUUCUUUCUUUGGCUUCUCCGUCAUUUCUGUUCGUGUGAUUGUUACGGCUCGUUUUGCUAGAGUAAGUGGUAUAUCUUUUCUGUUCUGCGUACUGCUUUUUUCGAUCGCUUCUUCCACCUCAAAAUACAAACCCAAUUCGACAACAUCCAUUCCGUCUCAUACAGUCGGCAACGAGACAAGGAAGGGACAUGGUCGCCUCCAUCACUUUCCGGCUCAAGUCCAGCAAUCAUGUAGGAACGAUCGACAUGGAGGGCAGCGUGAUGUCGUACAGCGCUGCCCAGCAGGCCAUCGCGGCAAAACUGUGCGCCCCACCAGAGGAGAUUGACGUAUUUCUUGCCGGCAGCACCUCUCUCUUGCACCCGGACGACGACCUACCCGCCUACGCCGUUGUGGACGUGGUACGGCGGACACAGAGCAACAAGCCGGCCUACCCCACUCGACCGAAGCCAGCGCUCUUUUCUUCUUCGAUGGACUUCCCCGGCACGUCUGGCCGCGCCGGUGGCUACGGUGCGGGAGUCGCGGAGAUGAACGCAGACGGGCAGCCGCUCACAGAGGAAGAGCGAAUAGCGCAGCUGCAAGCGGAGGUAGCGCUGGACACCGGCAUCGAUGGCGUGAGCACGCGGCCCUACCACGGCGGCCGUGGUGGUGGCAUGAGCCGUGGCCGCGGCGGUGGCCGCGGUGGAGCUGGCACCGGUGCUGGGGACGACGGCGGCACCGACUUCCACUUCGGCAGCCGCGGCCGCGGCGACGCCUUUCGCGCGAACAUGUUUGAGAAUUUCCGCCCCCCGCCAAAGGGCUACAUUUGCCACAACUGUGGUAAGGGUGGUCACUUAAUUCAGCACUGCCCCUCCGCCAAGGGCGGUAAGGCGUUGAAGAUGCUGUCCUUUCCGGUUGGCAUCCCGGAGAGUAUGCUGGAGGAGUGCACGAUGGACGACCCCGCGCCGAAGUUUAUCACGCGCGAUCACCGCCUGGUGAAGCGCCGCGUUGACCCGUUUGCUUUCACGGCCAUUUCAAUCGCCGGGAUGGGCGGCAGCAGCGGCGGCGCAGACGGCCCGAUGCACAUCAACGACGCCACAAACGAGCUGCCCGCACUCGGUGUGAAAAAGCAGGAAACCGGUACGCCGGGCAACAUCGACUGCAACACUAAUGAGGCAGGAAACCCUGCCACUUCGCCCCAACCCGCACCGGUGGAUAGUAAGUACAUUUGCAUUGUAGAUCACGUUGUGGCCCGCAAUGCAAUGAAGAUGCCGUGCUGCGGACGACUCAUGUGCCAGGCAUGUUUCACCACGAUGGCGGAGGAGGCUUUUAACGAGGCCCGCUCUCUGGACGACGACGAUGACACGGGUGUGACGUGCCCUAGUUGCGGUGAACCGCUGAUUAUGGAUGAGGUGGCCCCGGCGACAGAGGAGCGAGAGCAGAUCAAGGCGCUCUUGGCUGCAAGGAAGCGGGAACGCGAAGCCUGA